AUUUGCAUCCCGUCGUCACCGGUGGCCUUCAUUUCUCUUCCAUUGGAAAUAUCUCCCACAUUUUCUACCGGCGCUCCCCUAGUCUCGCGAUGGCCUCCUCCGUGGCCCCCGCCGGCGCCGGCGCCGCCCUUCUCCUCGCUGUUCUCUCCCUGCUCUCCGCCUCCGCCACCGCGAGGCCCGGCGUCCACUUCCACCCCUGCAACACCCUCUUGAUCUCCUACACCAUCUCCUCCUCCUCCGGCGACUCCGUCUCUGGCGAACCCGCCAAGCCCCGCCCCACCAACUUCUUCACCGUCUACCGCAUCAUCAGACCCUUCCGCACCGUCUACACGGCCUCCUACUCCGGCGAUCUCUUUAUCCGCCCGGCCCAGAUCCGCCGUCCUGAGCUCCCUCGCCGGGCCGCCGUCGUGCCCUCCGAGUCCGCCGCCAUCUCGUUUGGGGUCAGCUCCCUCCAGGAGCGCGCCAAGGACAUCCUCGUCGUCGUUGUCAGUCUCCUCUUCGGAGUCGGCUGCGGUGCUCUGACCGCCGCCACCAUGUACCUCGUCUGGUCCCUCGUCACCAAUCGCUACGAGAUCUGUGGCACCGAUGGGUACCCCGAUGAGGAGGACGAGAUCGAUGAUAAUCCCAAGAAGGCCGGUUAUGUCAACAUCCCCGCUGCCGAGCCGGCCCCGUCUAAAGAAGGGUAUGAGGGGAACUAGGGUCAGGGUUUCCAUGAAUAGUGGUGGGGUGCUUCUAUAAAUAUAUGAUACAUAAAUUUGCAUAGUCUUGUGUGUUUGUGUGACUUGUACGAUUUCAAAUGGCUCUCCUCUUCGAGGGUUUGACUUGAAAUGUUGCAUCAUGGAUACGUAUGAUCUGGAUUUAGUAUUUAAUUCGCCGUCAUUGUGGUUUGCAGGACUCUUUAGUUCCUUGGAAAAUGAUAAUUUUAGGAUGUUGUAACUUGGCUCA